AAUCAGAUUCCUGAUUCAGGUGUGUUGUAUAACCAUGGGCUUGCUUGAUUUGAUUGAUUGAUCGAGUUGCUACUAGCAUAGUAGCAUGCAUCAUUAACUGCAUCGCAUCGGCAUACGUAUAUGUAUAUGUAUACGCGAUGCUGAAAUGGCGUUUGGGAGAGGAGUCGGUGGCUUUUUCUAUUCCACUCUUGUCUUAUCUUGAGCAUCUGCUUUUCUUCCCUGCAUCAAUACCACGGCGUCUGGGACUGUCGGUACUUUCGUUUCUACUUUUCUGUACUUCACUUGACUUGACUUGUGUGUCUGCGUUCAAAGCCAGCAUGGAAGCUAGCGUGUAUAUAUGCUAGCUUGUCACAGGUGUUUAGCUAGACCGAAUCGGA